UUCUCGGUUGCUAUAUUUAUGUCUUUUUGGUCGAAUGCUUGAUCUAUAGAGAUCAAAGCGCUGACAUAACGCACUCACGCGAUCCUUUGUAAGUCUCCAGUGGUGUAGAAUACUCCACGUGGUAUCUCGGUUGUGGUCGCCACCGCAGAGAAUCACAACCUGAUAUUGGACUGCGUUUUAGGCGCCUUCGUCCGCUGAGCAUAAAGUAAGGGCCUCUUCCCGCCGUUUCGUACCAGGAGUCACCAUCACUCACACUGCCAUUCCUGUUUCCGGAACCGCUAUUCUAAUCUAACCUCUUCAUUGUCACAAACCCUAGUAAAUUUCCGUUAGCUGCAUCGAUGGAGCUACGUUCUCGGAGGCGACUUCCUACUCCUGAUAUCGAUGCAACAAGAAAUGAACAACCACCCGAUGAUGCCUCUGGAGAAGCUAAAACUGCUAGCGAUUGUGGCAAUAAUGCAAUUGAAGUCUCUUCAGAUGAAGCAGCUUUGAACUCCUUUCCUGACUUAAAUGAAGAACCUACUUCAAGCUUUUGCUCUUCUGAUGGGUUAGGCGACAGCUCUGACUCAUCUCGGCCUGGAAAGAGAAGAGGAAAGAAAAGGAGAAAACUCAGCUCUAAAAUUGGAGAGUCCAGUCAGGACAUAGGAGUGUUGGAGCAUGGGGACGAUGAUGGCUCCUCAGGAGUUCAGCAGCAAUCAACUGAACAUGAUUUGGCUAGCCUGAGAAAGAAGAAAAAAACCAAAAGACCAAGAAAAAAAACAAAACAAGUGUUGUUGUGGAAUGUUUGGGAAGAGCAGCAUGAGAGAUGGAUUGAUGAGAAUUUUUCAGAAGAUGUUGAGUUGGGUCAUCAGAAUGAACUAAUGAAUGAAACUGCUGAGGCUUCCUCUGACCUUACCAUGCCGUUACUAAGAUACCAAAAGGAAUGGCUAGCAUGGGCUUUGAAACAGGAGAAUUCCGAAAUUAAGGGGGGUAUUCUUGCAGAUGAAAUGGGGAUGGGAAAGACUAUUCAAGCAAUUGCUCUUGUCCUUGCCCAACGUGAAAUCCGGCAAAUGGUUUGUGAACCAGAUGAAACAUCCUCUUUGCCAGGUUCAUCUACAGCAUUGCCUUGGAUCAAAGGAACGCUUGUAAUUUGUCCUGUGGUUGCUGUCACUCAGUGGGUUAGUGAGAUUGAUAGGUUUACUCUAAAAGGAAGCACCAAGGUGCUAAUUUAUCAUGGGGCCAAGAGAGGGAAGUGUAGGGAAGAGUUCUCAGGGUAUGAUUUUGUAAUAACUACAUACUCUACUGUUGAAUCAGAGUAUAGGAAGCAUAUGAUGCCUCCUAAAGAGAAGUGUCAAUAUUGUGGCAAAUCUUUUAGCCAGACGAAGUUAUCUGUUCACCAGAGAUAUUAUUGCGGGCCUGAUGCUGAAAGAACAGAAAAGCAAUCGAAGCAAUUCAAGAAAGAGAAAAAAGAAGUCAAUAUAAAGAAGAAAAUUCAGAGGAACAUGGGAUCAGGGAAUUCAGAUACCAGAUGCAAGGGGUCGUCACUUUUACAUUCUGUAAAGUGGCAGCGGAUCAUUUUGGAUGAGGCGCACUAUAUAAAAUCUAGACAAUGUAACACUGCAAAAGCAAUUCUUGCUCUAGAGUCUUCCUAUAGAUGGGCGUUAAGUGGAACUCCCCUUCAGAAUCGUGUAGGAGAGCUGUAUUCUCUGAUACGUUUCCUGCAAAUAGUUCCUUAUUCCUAUUACCUGUGCAAGGACUGUGAUUGCAGGAUUCUUGAUCAUAGUUCUAAGGAAUGUUCAAACUGCCAGCACAGUUCUGUCAGACAUUUCUGUUGGUGGAAUAAAUUUGUAGCCACGCCAAUUCAAUUAUAUGGAACCGAUGAUCCCGGUAGGAGAGCAAUGAUAUUGCUUAAACACAAGGUUUUAAAAAAUGUAAUAUUAAGGCGCACUAAAUUAGGCCGAGCUGUUGAUCUCGCACUUCCACCUAGAAUCGUUUCACUGAGAAAGGAUAGCCUGGAUAUAAAAGAGCAAGACUAUUAUGAAUCAUUAUAUAAUGAGAGCCAGGCGCAGUUUAAUACAUAUGUGGAAUCGAAUACUUUGACAAAUAACUAUGCUCAUAUAUUUGACCUCCUCACCAGACUCCGGCAGGCUGUUGACCAUCCGUACCUUGUGGUAUAUUCUCAAGCUGCAUCAUUAAAAGCUGGGGCUGACGUUAGCGUUGACGAUGUUGAACAAAUAUGUGGCAUUUGUCAUGAGCCUGCAGAAGAUCCUGUCGUUACCUCAUGUGAACACAUCUUUUGUAAGGGAUGCUUGAUAGACUUCUCUGCUUCCUUGGGGCGAGUGUCAUGCCCUUCAUGCUCCAAAUUACUUACUGUUGAUUUAACUUCAAACAAGGAUGUAGGGGAUCAGUCUAGAAAAACAAUAAUAAAGGGGUUCAGAUCCUCAAGCAUUUUAAAUAGAAUUCGGCUUGAGAACUUUCAAACAAGUACUAAAAUAGAGGCAUUGGUAUGUGACAUAAGUGAGAGAGAAGAAAUUCGAUUUAUGGUAGAAAGGGAUGGCUCCGCAAAAGGGAUUGUUUUUAGCCAAUUCACUUCAUUCUUGGAUCUCAUAAACUAUUCCCUGCUCAAGUCUGGUGUUUCUUGUGUUCAAUUGAAUGGAAGCAUGUCAUUAGCUGCUCGGGAUGCAGCCAUUAAGAGAUUUACUGAUGAUCCAGAAUGCAAAAUUUUUCUCAUGAGCAUGAAAGCCGGUGGUGUUGCCCUCAAUUUGACCGUAGCAUCACAUGUUUUCAUUAUGGACCCUUGGUGGAACCCAGCCGUGGAGCAUCAAGCUCAAGAUAGAAUUCACCGGAUAGGGCAAUAUAAACCAAUCAGAAUUGUCAGGUUUGUGAUCGAAAACACUAUUGAGGAGAGGAUUUUGAAGCUGCAAGAGAAGAAGGAGCUAAUAUUUGAAGGGACUGUAGGCGGCUCUGCUGAGGCUCUGGGCAAACUCACGGAGGAAGACAUGAGAUUUCUAUUUGUUACCUGAUCAGUGCAGAUUCCCGCUUUUGAACAGUUUUCUUGACGCUGGAUUGAAGUGGGGCCACUAUAGUGGGGUGAGAGUGUGGUGGCCCGAGGACUUGGACAAUCACCCAAAAUCUGUGUGUUCGUGCUUUUGUUUUUUCGCAAGUCCUAGAGUCUAAUUUCCGACUCAGCAACAUGAUCAUGCGUAGCUUUAGCGAAACUUCCGAGUAUCUUCAGCACUUGUAUUGUGGGUCUCCUCAUCCACAUUUGGAGUCAUGCCCAUUCCUUUCAAACCUAUCCUGGAUAAAUGUUUUCCUCUUUUGAGAGUGAAGUUUGAGGCAUAAGCUUAUCAACUUUCAACUUCCUCAAUAUGUGGCAGUGCAGUGUAAGGAUUCUUUAGAAGCUGUACUACUUGCUCAUGUUCUGAUGUUGGAAAUAACUUUUUUUUUCUCUCUCAAAUUGUUGGGGAGUUCUAUUUCGUUG